AUGUCGAGGUUUUGCAGCCAUAAGACGAAAAUCAGCAUUCAAGACAAGUGUUGCCUUCUAUGGGUGGCAGCAACAUGGAAGAAUCUUUGGCAAGGUUACCCAUAUCUGAACAUUCAGCCCAAAUGUAAUAUCUAUGUCUCUGAUAUCGACACCAUUGUUGAGGACUUGGGCGGUUUGGAGGCCGUACCUGGGGAUAUCAACACCGUUGUUGGGGAGUUCGGCGGUUUAGAAAAGCAACUACAAAAGCUACCCCGGGAUAUUUACUUCAUGAUUCAGGACUUGUGCAAUGACUCAUGGUAUUGCAGCGUUUUGCACCUUGGUCGUCAAAUGUGGGCGCUCCAGGAGAACAGCGACCACCGGGGGCAAAUGAUUCCCCUUGUUGACAUCAAAGCUUGGGUCCGUGGCGACGCUCCUCUGGUUGGAGACACCUCCGGUGAGCCCGUUGUUCGUUUGUCAAUUGAUCUUCGUGGCCUAGCACGCAUUGAAAGGCUGGAAAAAGCGGAAGACAGCCGUCGGUCAAACCACAUGUGCUACAUUGUCGAAGUAGCAAAACGGUUCAAAGGGGUGUCCGUGGAGUUCCAAGUUAGUCCAUCUGCAGAAUGUCAGACGCAUAUCACUAAUGGCUCAUAG